AUGCAAAAAUCUAAGAAACUUUGCCCUAGAUAUCGUCUAAAUCGGACCAAACAAUUAAAAGAUAUAGACAGAUUACGGAAAGUGAAAUCGUUUUUAGCUCUCCUGAAAAACCGUGUGGAGAGGGAUUUGCGAGCCGGCUCUAAAAUUCAUACAUUUUUGGAAACUGCUCGUGGUAGCAGUGCGAGGCGGCGGAGCGGGGCGGCAGAGCGGGGCGGCAGAGUGAGGCGGAGUGAAGGGGGGGGGAACGGACCGGCCUCGGGGGUUACAACUGCCAAAUGCCGAUGGAAACAACUUAGAGACAACCAUCGAGAUGCAUUAAAACGUCAAAACGCUACAAGGAGUGGACAGGCUAGAAGACAACGCAAGGAGUGGAAAUAUCAAAACGCCAUGUCAUUUCUUUUACCUUACACGUGUAACAGAGAUCGAGCAUCAAAUUUUGAAUCCUUGGAAGACUCGGCAAAUAAGAAUUCAAAUCAGCCAAAUACUGAUGAUAGUUCUCAAGAAUUAAACGAAGCCAGGGACAAGUACGAUGAAAUAGAAGCAUAUUUUUUAAAUUUAGCUGCGUCAACAAUAAAGUUAAUACAGCUUCAAAUUAAAAAAAAAUGUUUCAAUGCUGUAAUGAUAGCAGAAGAAACUAAUCUGCAACAGUCUUGGUAUUCUCCGAAUAAUAAUGGUUAUUCUACAAGCUCAACACCAACAUCAGACAAUAUAAAUAUCAGUAACAAUGCCGCAAGUUCUUCGCAUGUUGAAGAAACUGAGACUACUACUGAACACUUCUCAAAUUUUCCACUAGUUAACAACAAUAUGUCUACUGCUACUGCUCCAGAUUUUCCAGAAACUCAGAAUGCUGGAACGCUCUUUUCAACAUUUCCACAAGUUUACAACAAUAUAUCCACUGCUACAGUUACAAAUUUUCCAGAAACACAGAACACUGGAAAUAAUCAAACGCUUGCAGUAGAGCUAUCGGGUUCGGAUGAAGAUGUGCAUAAUAAUAUGUAUUAA